CAAUUUUCCAAUUGACCUUAACCGGCAGACGCUGCAGAAAAACCAGCCAUAAUUCGAUCUUCUCUUUCUUCCGACUUGAUCAGUAAUCACAUUCUCCUCCAAAAUGCCUAGCGGAAACGGAUACAGCUACAAGGGCCAUGGCACCAACAGCCAGGGCAACCACUACUGCGCCCGUGACUACGGCAACGGAUCCAAUGCGUAUCACUAUUCCAACACCAACGGAUCCUACUACUGCUCCAUCCCGAACGGUAGCACUUACUACAACAGCGGCAGUGGAUCUUCCACGUACACUUCGCCCAGUGGUAACUCGUACUCGAGCUCCGGCUCUGGCUCCGGCUCCGGCUCUUCUGGAAAUUCCAAGUGA